GUGAAGUCGCGUUUCCUGUCAGCCGUUGGUGGAGACAAAAUCGCCUUUUCAGAAAACCUGAUGGUCCUCUUCAAAUUUUGAUGGUUAUUCUUUUCUGCUUACCUCACGAGAGAACACCAGUAAUUAGCUAUUUUACAAACUAUGCUCACGACGCUGUAAAAAGAGUGGCCAGAUGUAUUAGACUGUCCAGGUGAAAAUGAACAUGCAUGGUGCCAGUGGAGGCUGUGACCGAUCCAGAGAUCGACGUCGCUCCAGUGACCGCUCUCGGGACUCCUCACACGAGCGUGGCGAAGGCCAGCUCACACCCUGUAUUCGCAACUUGACCUCACCCACACGCCAACACAACAGUGAUCGUGAAGGCGGCUCAUCGCGGCCCAGCAGCCCCAGGCCUCAGAGGAUCUCUCCCAGCAGCAGCAGCAGCAGUGGGGUGGCCAGCAGCCGCAACAGUAGUUUGUCCAGCUCAGAGGGCACAUACAAGAGCAUGGGCCCCGGUGAGAUGGUCUUCGUCUACGAGAAUGUCAAAGAUGGAGCCCGCGGCGUCCGCACAUCAGAGAAGGUGACGCUUAUUGUGGACAACACUCGCUUCGUGGUGGACCCCUCGAUUUUCACAGCACAGCCCAACACCAUGCUGGGCAGAAUGUUUGGAUCUGGACGGGAACACAAUUUCACCCGGCCCAAUGAGAAAGGAGAGUAUGAGGUGGCAGAGGGCAUCAGCUCUACUGUGUUUAGGGCCAUUCUGGAUUACUAUAAAUCUGGGAUAAUCCGCUGUCCUGAUGGAAUCUCCAUUCCUGAGCUGAGGGAAGCGUGCGACUAUCUGUGCAUCUCUUUUGACUACAGUACUAUCAAGUGCCGAGACCUGAGUGCCCUGAUGCAUGAACUGUCCAAUGACGGCGCUCGGCGGCAGUUUGAGUUCUAUCUGGAGGAGAUGGUGCUUCCUCUGAUGGUGGCAAGCGCUCAGAGCGGAGAGAGGGAGUGUCACAUCGUAGUGCUCACAGACGAUGAUGUGGUGGACUGGGAUGAGGAGUACCCACCUCAGAUGGGAGAGGAGUAUUCACAAAUCAUAUACAGUACAAAACUUUAUCGUUUCUUCAAGUACAUUGAAAACCGUGAUGUAGCCAAAUCUGUUUUAAAAGAGCGAGGACUUAAGAAAAUUAGACUGGGUAUCGAAGGUUAUCCAACAUACAAAGAGAAAGUGAAAAAGCGCCCCGGCGGUAGGCCUGAAGUCAUCUACAACUACGUCCAAAGACCCUUCAUCCGCAUGUCCUGGGAGAAGGAGGAAGGCAAGAGUCGACACGUGGACUUCCAGUGUGUGAAGAGCAAGUCCAUCACGAACCUGGCAGCGGCUGCGGCAGACAUUCCCCAGGAUCAGCUGGUGGUGAUGAAUCCUGAACCACAAGUGGAUGAACUGGACAUUCUUCCCAACCACCCUCCCCCCGGCCACAACUACAGCAACGAGCCUGACCCCGACGCCCCCUCGCCUGCCGUCUGAGAGCAGACGCCCCUUCACAGCAUGCUGCAGCAUGAACCAGAGUGACACUAUAACCAGAUUGCCUUCUGUACCUCCUCCACAGCCUUAGAGCCUCAACUGUAUAGUUACUGUAUUUAAAAAGAAAAAACAACAUCAUGGACUUGGGAUACUGGCAUGGGCAGUGCUCUCGUGUUCUGUCUUCGCUGUUCUCUUUUUUUUUUUUUACUUGACCAAAGGAAAUGUAUUUUUGUUUGUUUGAAAUGAAGUUUGCAACCUCACUUAUUUUGUAAUUGGGCGUAUUAUAUGAUUAUAACUAUUAUUACUAUUGGUCUUUUCCAUUUUACUAUAUUACUGCAAUGAGUUUAAUUAUUAUCAUUUUGAUGUUCUUUUCAUUUGAUGCAUUUGGGUUGGGUUCUUUUGGAAAGCUCUCCUCUUGAUCUCCUCAAAGCUCAUGUGUCUCCUCAGGAGGUCCAUUUGCCUGGUGAACAAAUGCCGUGUUUUUUUUGGGAUCGACAUUAAUUUAUCUGCUCAAGAUCUGUCUGUUCAAGUGCUUGAAAAUCAUUGUAUUAAUAAAGAUAUAUAAUAUAAUGUACAGCGUUUGACAUGAAGUUUAAUUUUUGGUUGCUUUUGGUGUUUCGCUGAUGGGAAAGAUUAUAAUAGAAACUGUUAUGAUCGUGUAACACAUGGGAUAAAAAUAGUUCCAGUUACAGAAUAGAUGCAGAGGAUUUGAGAAACAAUAUACAUUGCAAUACAAUAAGCUAGAGCCAUUUUACAUAGCAAUCAAGUUUAGGAAUACUUGGUAUUCAGUUUAAAAGCAGAUCUCAACGAAAAAAAAUAUGCACAUUUUAUACUUGCAGAGAAUAUAAUGUCUAAAUCAAUUCAUUGUUUGUGGCCUGAGGCUACAAUUCACAUGGAUCACCAAAAUUGGAUUAGUAAGCAAAUAUGCAGAAAUACAAAAAAAAAAAAAAAAAAAA